UUCCUUGUCUGCGACGGAAGCAGGAACUUGCUGACCACAAAACCCGCCGGGCCUGGGCGGGAGCUGCGGAGCAUCCCCUGCGGUCCUCGCCGAGACCCUCGCGCGGGGUCGCCAGGCCUGCCCGCGAGCGCGCUGCUGGAGCUGGCCUCUCACCGGAGGGCGUCGCGGCCCCCCGGGCUUCUGCCUCCAGAGAGAAAUCCCAUCACCUGUGCCCUCUUUUUGACGCAAACUAGAACCUGAAGGUGGGCCAUCCUUGACAUUUGAAGACCAAGACUAAACUGAAAUUUAAAAUGUCCCUCAGGGAAGAACGGAGCUUGGCUUACACUUUGGUCGUUUGUUUCCUGACACUAAAGCUGUCCACCAGUCAGAAGUGCCUCACCGAGAGUCUAGAAGAUGUUGUCAUUGACAUCCAAUCAUCGCUCUCUAGGGGAAUCAGAGGCAAUGAGCCCGUAUAUGCGGUAACUCAGGAAGACUGCGUUAGCUCUUGCUGUUCCACAGAAAACAUAGCAGGAGACAAAGCAUGUAACCUGAUGAUCUUCGACACACGGAAAACAACUAGACAACCCAACUGCUACCUGUUUUUCUGUCCCAGCGAGGAAGCCUGUCCACUGAAACCAGCCAAGGGACUUAUGAGUUACAGGAUAAGUAGAGAUUUUCCAUCUUUGACCAGAACUGACUUUCCACGCCAAGAGUUAGCCCACGACGAUGGUCUCUUACGUGGCCUGUCUCCACUAGCAGUCACUUCUGCCCUCCCUCAUCGGGCAGGUUAUUCAAAGCCCGCUGAUACCUUAUGGGAAGGUGCCAGUUCUCCAAAGUUUGGAGCCGCGGAUAACUUGGAGAAACUGUUCAAGAUUGAGGAAGUGAGUACACCGUUCCCUGCUCAUAAGGAAAAAAGCCACUCUGAGAAUUCUCAGUUUUCCCCAACACAAAAAGUCGCUCAUCUGCUGCCUGAAGCCGUGACUGUGUUCCCAGUUGCAGCACCUGCUGCAUCUCAGGGCACUGUCCCUGCCGCUCUGCAGCCUGCAGCCCUUCCCCCUGCCAGUGCUCCCGCGGUACCUCUGCUGACUUCUCACCCACGGGUGGCCACCACGGCGCGCCCCGUGACCAAGGUCACCUCUCAGCCCACCUCUGUGCCCCGUGUAACCAAGGCCACCUCUCAGCCCACCUCUGUGCCCCGUGUAACCAAGGCCACCUCUCAGCCCACCUCUGUGCCCCGUGUAACCAAGGCCACCUCUCAGCCCACCCCGGCCCUUGUUUCUACAGCUGUUACACGUGCUGUGGUUAUGCCCCAAGCUGUGACUACAACCGUUUCGACUCCCAUCUUUCAGACACCCACAGAUUUGAAAGGCACCCCAGAAAUGGUGCCCCUAAGAGAAAUCUCCAGCCACAGCUGGAGCACAGGGGUUGUACAUCGCCCCACUACACUUUCUUUGUCGAGUGAAGAGUCUCCUGCUACAGAUAAAACUGCUUCCUGGGGCCCUGGGAAGGCUGGUGCAGGUGGCUCCUCACUGAGCCGCAUUCCAGAAAGCCAGCAUGUGCUCCCACUGGAAAAGUGGCUUCUCAUCGGGACCCUGCUCUUCGGCGUUCUGUUCCUGGUGAUAGGCCUCGUCCUCUUGGGCAGGAUGCUCUCAGAAUCCCUCCGCAGGAAGCGUUACUCACGACUCGAUUACUUGAUCAAUGGGAUCUAUGUUGACAUCUAAGGAUGAAACUACU